GUUUAACGACGACACAAAAACAUAAGUAUGUGUGUUCUUGGCAACAUUAGGUGUUGCUACAACUUUGAGUAGAAACUAAGGAAAGUUUGGCAGGGAAACUGAUGUUUGCGGAUGCUGGGAAUUUCAUUUCUUGAUCAGCAAAUUUACAGAAAAAAUAGACUUUUUUGGAGCCGGUGACAAAUAAGCUAGGUGCAACAACGUUUGCUAACCUGAAACGGCAGGCAGGUUAAGAAUGUCGACGAUGAAUGGUGCAAGGGAAGACGGGGAGCUAAAACUUAUAAUAUGCAAUCAUACGAAGAGGAAAAAGAAAAAGAAACAAACAUUUGAAAGCCUUUUCAAAAAAGUUUGAGCACAAAACGGCCGUUUGGAGAAGGAUUAGCAGACAAAGCCUGUAGAUGACGCUGAAGUGUCAGGUCCAAACUAAAGUGGAACGAACCGUCAGUCUGUCCAGAUUAUACAGGAAAAACUCAGCGUCCACCCGAUGACAGCUCCUGCGGCUCAGCGUCUCUUCUGACAAAGACACCGAGGUGCAUGACUGUAGUUUGUCUUCUUCUGCGGAGCGCUAACGGAGGAGUUACCAAAGUCCCUGACCCGCUCCAGCGAUGCUGACUUUACGCACGGGAUUUGAAGGCUGCGUAUGAAGUGACUGAGCCCCGACUCCGGAGACCAUCGUCAGCGUCGAUCCAUCCGCAUCCGACUGAACCAGGAGGACGCGUUGAAGGAAGUGUCCGGACACGUGGAUCCAGGAGACGUUCAUGAAUUUUUCUAAAGACGCAGACAAGUGAGAAGAGGGUGUCGGAGUUGAAGUCUCUUAUUUCGCUAACGCAGACCUCCACUCCAGUUAGUAUUCUGCCUUGUGCUCCUCAAUGACUGCUUUCACUUGGGUGAAGAAAGGGGUCUUUAAAGACUCACAGGCAUCACUCCAGGAACCUUUCAACGCCUGGACCCUACAAAUGAUGUCUUCCAUUCACACAAUGCAUCCUUUUCGCCCACCGUCUGAGGAAGAGGAAACCACGGCUCAGGAGAACACGGCCUGGGCCAAGCACGAGCGAGACGGCCACAUGGAGACGGUGUCGCCCACCUCACGUGACCAACCCCACAGUAACGAACUGCAGCCGGUCAGAGAGAAGAUGAUGGACACAGAGUGGGACAGCGUCGGCCCUGCUGCGAUGGACAGUGAAAGCAACAAAGGCUGUCCCGUCUACCCCUACCAGACUAACUCUACCUCUCCACACAAGCCGGAGGAGUCCUCCCGGGAUCGCGGGGAGACCGUCAUCGGCCUGGCGUUUGGGACGCCGGAACGCCGCAAAGGCAGCCUGGCAGACGUGGUGGACACACUGAAACAGAAGAAGCUGGUGGAGCUGACCAAGACAGAGCAAGACGAACCAUCUUGUAUGGAGCGGCUCCUCUCCAAGGACUGGAAAGAACGAGUGGACCGCCUGAACGCCACGGAGCUGCUGGGAGAGGUCAAAGGUACGCCAGAGUCACUGGAGGAGAAGGAGCGUCAACUGUCCACCAUGAUCAGCCAGUUGAUCAACCUGAGGGAGCAGCUCCUGGCAGCCCACGACGAGCAGAAGAAGAUGGCUGCGUCACAGCUGGAGAAGCAGAGGCAGCAGAUGGAGCUGGCCAGGCAGCAGCAGGAGCAGAUUGCCAGACAACAGCAGCAGCUCCUGCAGCAGCAGCAGAAGAUAAACAUCCUGCAGCAGCAGAUCCAGGUCCAGGGUCACAUGCCUCCGCUGAUGAUCCCGGUGUUUCCUCAUGACCAGAGAUCUUUGGCUGCUGCUGCCGCUGCACAGCAAGGAUUCCUCUUCCCACCGGGCAUGUCCUACAAGCCAGCAGGUGAUAAUUACCCAAUGCAGUUCAUUCCAUCUACAAUGGCAGCUGCAGCAGCAUCUGGACUCAGCCCAUUACAACUACAGCAGCUCUAUGCAGCCCAGCUGGCAAGCAUGCAGAUCUCACCAGGAGCCAAGAUGACUCCCCUCCCCCAGGCUCCCAACUCCUCUGGUCCUCUUUCCCCUUCUGCCCUGAAAGGUGAAAAGAGGGCGUCCACUCCUCUCAAUCAGAUCAAGGAGGAAGGAUCUACGCAGCCCUUGAACCUCUCUGCCAGACCUAAGACUGCUGAUGCUCUUCGCUCGCCAACAUCUCCAACUCAGAGUCUGUUCUCGGGAAACAAGAGCAGUCCUACAGGCAUGGGCAAGGGCCGCAUCCCCAGCCCCAUCACCAACAUGGGCAGGAACACCUCCCUCGACAUCCUCUCCAGCCUCAACUCCACAGCCUUUGGGGACCAGGACGCUGUGAUGAAGGCCAUCCAAGAGGCCAGGAGCAUGAGGGAGCAGAUCCAGAGGGAGCAGCUCCACCACCACCAGCAGCAGCAGCAGCAGCAGCAGCAGCAGCAGUCGGGACACCAGAGUCUGGAGGCCAAGCUCUCUGCCCUCAGCGGCAUGACCCUGAACAAUGGCAACAAGGAGAGGUUGCACUAUGAGACACUGAGCCAGCACCUGGGGAAGCUUGGAGAGGACGCUGGCAAAAUGGUGCAUCGAGUCAUUGACCUGACGAGACCUGAAGAUCUGGAAGGGAACAACAUCGCAGAGGCGCGAGUGUUCAGGGAGGCACGAGGCAGGAACAACAACGAGCCCCACAUCAAGAGGCCCAUGAACGCCUUCAUGGUCUGGGCCAAAGACGAGAGGAGGAAGAUCCUGCAGACGUUUCCUGACAUGCACAACUCCAACAUCAGCAAGAUUCUGGGCUCCCGUUGGAAAGCCAUGACCAACCAGGAGAAACAGCCAUACUACGAGGAGCAGGCCCGCUUAAGCAAGAUCCACCUGGAGAAAUACCCCAACUACAAGUACAAGCCUCGGCCGAAGAGAACCUGCAUCAUCGAUGGAAAGAAGCUGCGCAUAGGCGAGUACAAGCAGUUGAUGAGGUCACGGCGUCAGGAGAUGAGGCAGUUUUUUGUAGGGCCUCAGCCACCAAUCCCUCUGGGCAACAGCCCAGGUGGAGUAGGAGUUUACCCCGGUGCCAUCACCAUGGCCACCGGAGCCACACCGUCCCCUCACCUGACCUCAGACUGCUCCAGCAACUCAGCCAGCCCCGAACCCAACAUCCCCGUCAUCCAGAGCACGUACGGCAUCAAGUCCGAGCCCGGCGGCGGGGGCAGCAACGGCGGUGGGGUCGGAGCUCUGGACCUGGCCGGCGAUCCCACCAACGGAGACGACGACAUGGACAUGUACGAAGACUUUGACGACGAACCCAAAUCAGACUAUAGCAGUGACAAUGAGACACAGGAGGCCGUCAGUGCCAACUGAGCGCGCUCGGCGGUGACCGCGAGAGAACAACAAGCGAGAACUCCUGUUGUGCUCAGAGACACUUUUUAAAAAAAGAUAGUUUAUCACAGAGACCUUCAGGCUGGACUGAGCAUGCCCAGACUGGAUCAGAACUGGUGACUGUGGACGGCGUUUUGAUGGAUGUCUAUUUGAAGGAAGAGAGAGGGCUGAUGGGAAGAACGUGACCUGCGAAGACGACGUGAGCAUACACAGCUGGACGUCCAGCUGACGAUGAACUCCACUUUCCUUCCCUUUGCCGAUCUUCACAGGAGUGAAAAAGAGUCAGAGGAGAGGACGAGCGAGAGUGAGAGAAGGCAGAACAAACGAGUGACAAACACAGAGCUGUGUGGUUUGGAAAGAGCAUGCAUGGAUUUCAAACCAAGGGGAAUUGGUCUUAAAUGUUUAAGGAGUGAGUUCAAUUUUUUCAUCAUUAUGUAAUUACAUUUUUGAAUUUUUUUUUCCCCUUUUUGUUUAUUGUUCUAUAGACUUUCUUCAGACAGGUCACUGACCUGUACAAACUGUCGGAACUUGAAAUUUGAGAAAAAAAAAAGUUUAAUAUAAAUCCUAGCUCUUGUAAUCUUAUAGUCUUACUUUUGUUUCUUACAAAUACAGCGCAUCUACACUUUUCUUUUUGACAAACUGCUUACAUGACAUUACUGUUAGAUCUUUUUUUUUAAAUACCCCAGCUCAGGUAUGAUGUGCCAGCUUGUGAAUGUGUUUUUGUUUUUUGUUAUUUUAUCUGUUUUCAUACGAAACGAGCGGUAGGACUUUAAUAGACUGUCAAUGAAAUACAAGGGAGCAAAAUCCCUUAUUAUUAUUAUUAUUAUUAUUAUAUUAUUAGGUACCCUGUCAUUGUACAGAUUUACAUCAAAUGUGCCAAACAUUCACUUGGGAUGUCGUAGUCUUAACUUCCGAUGCUGCAAAAAAGUCUUAUACAAUCGGCUCCCCUCCUGGUCCAGUCUCAGCCAGAGCUCAGGGACGAUACACCACACUCGCUCUCUCUCUCUCUUUCUCUCUCUCUCUCUCUCUCUCUCUCUCACGCACACGCACAUACAUGAACACACACACACAAAUACACUCAAACACACACACACUACAGAUUUCGUGUGGCAGACUAUUCUUCUAUUCCACUUCACUGGUGCUGUAUUUUGUCCAAGAUUAUACCCUGAGGUUCAGUAUUUCUCAGUGUUGAUCCCUAACACUUUUUUAUUUGUCUGUGGAGCUGGUCCAAUUGCAAAAAAAGAAAACAAACAAACAAACAAAAAAAAAACAAAACAUAAAGUUAUGCUACGUAAUUUUAAAGCUAUUUUUUGAGUCAACACAUGAUCAAUCCUUAAAGUCACAGGAGCUGCAGCCCUGUUUAUUCAGCAUCAUAACACAAGGAAAAUAACCUGGAAGGAAGAUGAGGAGGAGGAGGAGGAGAUGGGUGAGGAAGGUGUUAUACUGUAGAAUAAAAGAUCUGAAUAUUUUUGAUCCCGUCACUGUUUCGAAUUGUAUUUUUUAUCGGUACAAAAAGUGCAAAAAUGUUCAUAUAUUUAUCGCCUUGUUUUUUU